CCUUCCAACACUGGAAGAGGAUAAGCAGCAAACACAUAACAUGCAUAAUGCUAUCACAGCCUUACAAACGCUGAACCCUCUUCGUUCCAACAUGACAAGCACAAUCGUUAACCCUACUCUGGUUUCCUCUCCAAACCCUAAAAUUCUAGUCUUUAAUGAAAGAUUUUGUUACAUCACAACUCUUCCUCCGACCCGCACCACACCAUAUGCAUCAUUGAUGUCUCGAACCACCCUGCAGGUACUGAAAUGCAGCAAUGACUCGGAAGAGAGGGAAUUGGGUAGUUUAAAGGAGGUGUUAUCAGGUAUGGUGGACGAGCGAGUGGAGCAACUCUUGAACAAAGAAGAUAAUAGGGUUUUGUUAGAUGGGUUGGAGAAGGCCACUGAGAGAGUCGAAUCGGCCAAGCGAGGGCUCGCUGAGAUCCAAAAACAAGAGAUUGAAGCAAAGCAAUUGAGGAAUUACAUCAACCAGCUCGAAAUCAGAGCCUCCGAGAUUGCAGAAAGCCAGAGGGAAAUAUUUGAAGCCAGAGUGAUGAUUGAAGAAGCAGAGCGCUCUCUAAGCGUGGAUGGUAUUGGUGACGACAGAGAUUCUCUCAUGGAGAUGGAAAGUGAAGAAAUUGACAAAAAUGAAGAGAGGUGGGAGUCUGUAAAAGCAGCAUCCGUUUCUGCCAUUGUCGGCACCCUUGCAGGACUUCCCAUUUCCUUCACUCAGGUGACAACCAGUUCUCAACUCAUACUCCCUUUGGCAGUCACUUUCGCUACCUGUGCAUUAUUUGGUGUAACCUUUCGAUAUGCAAUAAGAAGAGACUUGGACAAUGUUCAGCUUAAGACGGGGACAUCUGCAGCUUUCGGCUUUGUCAAAGGUCUUGCUACGCUGGAUGGUGGACCGCCUUUGGAAUUGGAUUCCGGGAGCUUCUUGUCCCAUGCUUUUGAUGGUGCAGUUUUUGUGUCCCAGAAUCUUUUAAUCUUUCUUUUUGCAUCUGUUGCCCUAGAUUUCUGCUAUAAGAUGAGGAUAUUAAGUCCUUUUCCUAUCAAAAAAUAAGUUUCGGUGGACUAAUAUAAAGUGAAGAGCUGUUUAUGCCAGAGACCACAUUGCUUCA